GUGGACGAGAAAAAAAAAGCUUGAUAAAAUAUUAUAUACGGAUUGUGCAGAAACUCUGACUUGUCUUGUGUGGAAACUGCGAUGACCCGUCAAGCUGAUGGAGGAGGGUAAACGCAAUAGUGAAAGUGUUUGGGUUUUGGUCACAAUUAACACACAGCUCUCUGUAACGUUUAGCUUCUUUCAUUUCACGAGCUUUGUUCUUGAUGGUCACGUUUUGGUUCAUGGAGAUUCUAGUGGGAGGCAAGUCCAACACAUGGAAAGUUCCAGAGUCUACAGAAGAAACACUAAACCAAUGGUCAGAGAGGACAAGAUUCAAAAUUGGAGACUCUCUCUUGUGGAAAUACAAUGCGGAGAAUGACUCAGUGAUGCAAGUGAGUCAAAAAGACUACGAGAGAUGCGACAGAUCAGAACCUAUAAGAGGAUACAAAGAUGGUCACACAAAGAUAGAGCUAAAGAGAUCAGGUCCGUUUUACUUCAUCAGUGGCGAAGAAGGGUAUUGCCAAAGAGGAGAGAAGCUUCUUGUUGUUGUCUUGUCUCCAAAUCACAACAGAAGCUAUGCAGCUGAUGCUCCUUUAACCGCUCCGGUCACAAAAAACAAGGGAAGUGAUCAUGUUCUGAUCAACCAAGCACAAAGAUCCAUUGCAACUGUUUGUUUCCUUGUUCUUCCAUUAGUCCUUUUGGUUUAGUCUUCUUAACUCUUUGAUCACUGUAAUGCAAUCACUGCAUGGAACAAUGUAACAUGACCCAAAUUGGUUCAGACAAUAAUUUUUAUUUUGUCAACUA